CCUCCUCGUAGUGAUUCCUCCGCGCCGCUAGGCGGCAGUGCCGCUUCCGUCCUCCCCGCGUAGCCGGACGCUGCGUCAGCACCAUGGAGCGGCGGGAGGCGGGAGCGGCCGGUACGAUGAAGGCGGGGACGGGGUGAGGGGGGGUCCGGAGCCCCGUUUAACCCCGGUUAACCCCGCUCGCCCCGUGCCCAGGCCCGUAGAGCCCCGCCAUGGGCGGCCGCCGCCCCCCGUGAAGCCCCCGCCCAAGGCCUCGAUCGUGGUGGUGGAGGUGGGGGGGGGGGCGAGGGGGGAGGAGAUCCGCCCCCCCCCUCCUCCUCCUCCUCCUCCUCCGCGGCCUCAACCCCCCCCGUAAAGCAACGGAGCCGCAGCGAUGAGCGCCCCCCAGCGGUCGGAGCUCGCUGCCGCCGCCUUCCUGCGGCUGGGAGAGGAGCGCCCCCCCGCGGCCAUGAACCUGCUGCAGCGCAAAGGGCGCCAGGACUGGAGACCCCCCCCCCGCGAGGAGGAGCCCAGGAAGGGAUCCAAGGCUCGGGACGGGGGGGGCUCCCUGCGCCGCCCGCUCCGGGUGGGGUUCCUGACGCUUCCGGCCCCCCAGGAGCGGGGGCCCCGGCCCUGCACCCCCGGCAUGGCCCCGCGCUCCCUCUCCUGCCACGCUGUGGGGCUCCCCGAGAGCGGGGCCCCCCCGCGGCCCCACGGCCCCCGCGCCGGACCCCCCGAGGGGCGCCUGGAGGCGCCGCCAGCCAAGAGGGGCGGCGCCCCAAGGGGGGGCUGCGUGCGGCAGACCCCCCCCCUGAAGCCAUCGCGGAGCCCCCAGACCCGGCUCUCGGCCCCCCCCUGCACCUCGGAAGCCGGGGGGGGAGGGGGGGGCCCGGAGGGGGAGGAGCCUGUGUACAUCGAGAUGGUGGGGGACGCGCGGAGGGCGGGGGGAGGCGGUGCCAAGAGGGGGGGCCCGCCCCCUCCGGCCCCUCCCCCCGAGGAGCCCGAGGCCAUCUAUGAGGAGAUGAGCUGCCCCCUCCCGCCGGGGGAGGAUGGAGGCCCCGCCCCGUUCUCUCGCACCGCCCCUUUUCACGGCCACGCCCCCUUCGGCGGCCACGCCCCGCCGUUCCCCGGCCGCGCCCCAUUCCCCGGCCACGCCCCCAUACCCCCGCCCUUCCCCAACCUCCUCACGCCCCGCCCACCGCUGCUGGCCACGCCCUCCGAGGGCUCGCGCCUGCCCCUCCCUCGCCGCGAGGUCCCGCCCCCUGCCCGCGCGCGGAGCCACUCCACGCCUCUCCCUCCGCCCCCCUCCUCCUCCCUCCACCAACCAGGUGCGGGGCGGGAGCGCGGAGGGGCGGGGCUCGGCUCCUUGCCCCUCCCCCCUGCCCCACCCAUCGCCUCCGAGGCUCCGCCCCACGUGAAGCGCCCACCAGCCUACGACAGCCUGCGAGGGGGCGUGGCCUCCGGAAGCCCGGCCCUAUCCCGUGAAGAGGACCCCGCCCCUCGCCGCGCAGGCUCCGCCCCCAACCGGCGCGGGAAAGAUGCUGAGCGUGAGUUGUGAUGGAAGAGGGAGGGAGCGGGGCCCCCCCCCUCGGGGAUCCCGGUGCGAGCUGAGGGGUCCCGGGGGCGGCCGGGGCCCCCCCUCCCCUGCCAGACCUUCCCUGCCUGCGGGCGGCCGUCAGACUCCCCCCUCGGGCACCGCUUGGGCCGCUCCGCCUCCACCUCCGGCGUUCGCCACGCGGGAGCCCCCCCCUUUCCCCGCGGGGCGCCCCGCCGGUGCUCCCGGUUCCUCCGCUGCCCCCCCCCCUCCUCGGCCGCUGUCCGGGGGGGUCCCUCCGAGCGCCGCCGCUGCCGCCCCCCCCCCGCCCGCGGGACGGGCGCCUGCAGGAGGUGAUCGACCGCAAGCGCUGCGUCUGCACCGAGAUCAAGGCGCGGGGGGGGCGCGGGGGGGGCGGGGGGGGGCUCUGCAAGCAGGACAGCCUCCCCGCCCC